AAAAUGCUCCUGGUACACUCUUGCGGUCCAGCCCACUGCUCUCCGCACAGAGCAUCAAAGCCCAGCAGCAGCAGCAGCAGCAGCCACCGAGAUGAACCUGAAGGGCAUGGCCAUAGCCUUGGCUGUGAUCAGUUGUGCUACAACCAUUCAAGGCUUCAGUAUGUUCAAAGGGGGACGCUGUCUUUGCAUAGGACCCUUAGCGAAAGCAGUCAAGAUAGCAGACAUUGAGACAGUCUCCGUAUUUUACCCAAGCUACCGCUGUGGCAAAGUUGAAGUGAUUGUUACCCUGAAAGCACAAAAUAGACAAAGGUGUCUGGACCCCAAUUCAAAGCAAGCCCGCCUCAUACGGGAAAUGUAUGAAAAGAAAUCUUUAAGGCAGCAAAACAUGUGAAAUCCUGGGAAGAAAAAGAAAAGGACUGGAAACCAGGGAGUGUCUGAUGUGAUGACUACACAUGAACUCUGAGACACGAGCCCAACCUUCUGUCUUGGAAUAUGCACCCAUAUAUUACUGCGUUACAGAAUCUCUAGGAGGUUCGAUAUGCCUAGCUAUUCUGCUUGGCCAUGAAAAUAUUUAUCUCAAAGUCACGUGUCUGUGUGUGAGCACGUUUCAUAUUACCUUCUGUGGUUACAAUGGACAUACUGUUACUGGAGCCCAGCCCAGUACUGGACUCAAAAGCAUCUAAGUGUGUAGUAAAACUCUCCCUGGAGGAUGUUUUCAUACAGAUAACAUCCCUUUCCCUACAUAGCCCCUGGCACAGAAUCAUCCGGGAAAAUGCUUCCGUUUAUCCCCUUAUUUGUUCACCUCAAGACUACCAUUCAGAAAGAUGCACUGUAGACACUUCCAGGCUCAGGGACUGAGAAGAACACUAAUGUAUCCUUAGUCAGUUACACUGGUUCACCCCCCCAUGUGUUCUGGAGGAGUUAAGAUGUGUAUUUCCUGUACAUUUCUUCUUAUCUACUUUAUCAGUGACAAUAGCCUGGAUACAUUUUAAAUAUAAAUUGUUUUUGAAAAUCUGUGCAUGCCUAUCAAUCCAUUCUUUGUGAUUCUGCUUCUGAGAAAAAUAUGUAUUUUGUAUGUUUCCUUUGUCAUGCUGUGGAUGGCAGGGAUGGCUAACUCUGGCUCUCUUUAAAAAGAAUAAAACUUGUGUUUCUCUAGUAA